CCUUCACAGCCACGCGCUUCUUCUAAUCAGCAGAGAGCGACUCACGCCCGUGCGGAAGUGACGCGGUUCCGAGUCCAGUGGGAGCGGUGGGGGUGAUGAGGGCACUGGGACAGUGGUAGCGGUUGUGUGAAGAUGGAGUUUCCCGGAGGAAAUGACAAUUACCUGACGAUCACGGGGCCCUCGCACCCUUUCCUGUCGGGGGCUGAGACAUUCCAUACACCAAGCUUAGGUGAUGAGGAAUUUGAAAUCCCACCUAUCUCGUUGGAUUCUGAUCCAUCACUGGCUGUCUCUGAUGUGGUUGGCCACUUUGAUGACCUGGCAGACCCUUCUUCCUCACAGGAUGGCAGUUUUUCAGCUCAAUAUGGAGUCCAGACAUUGGACAUGCCUGUGGGCAUGACUCAUGGCUUGAUGGAGCAGGGUGGGGGGCUCCUGAGUGGGGGCUUGACCAUGGAUUUGGACCACUCCAUAGGAACUCAGUAUAGUGCCAACCCACCUGUUACAAUUGAUGUACCGAUGACAGACAUGACAUCAGGCUUGAUGGGGCAUAGCCAGUUGACUACCAUUGAUCAGUCAGAACUAAGUUCUCAACUUGGUUUGAGCUUAGGGGGUGGUACCAUCUUGCCUCCUGCCCAAUCACCUGAGGAUCGUCUUUCAACCACCCCUUCACCUACUAAUUCACUUCAUGAGGAUGGUGUUGAGGAUUUCCGGAGGCAACUUCCCAGCCAGAAGACCGUGGUAGUCGAAGCAGGGAAAAAGCAGAAGGCCCCAAAGAAGAAGAAAAAGAAAGACCCUAAUGAGCCUCAGAAACCAGUUUCAGCAUAUGCUUUAUUCUUUCGUGAUACACAGGCAGCCAUCAAGGGACAGAAUCCUAAUGCCACAUUUGGAGAGGUUUCAAAGAUUGUGGCUUCUAUGUGGGAUAGUCUUGGAGAGGAACAAAAACAGGUAUAUAAGAGGAAAACUGAAGCUGCCAAGAAAGAGUAUCUCAAGGCCCUAGCUGCGUAUAAAGACAACCAAGAGUGUCAGGCCACUGUGGAAACAGUAGAAUUGGAUCCGGUGCCACCAUCGCAGACUCCUUCACCACCUCCUGCGACAGCUGUUGACCCAGCGUCUCCAGCACCAGCCUCCUCUGAGUCCCCUGCCCUGUCCCCUUGCAUUGUUGUUAACUCUACUCUUUCAUCCUAUGUAGCAAACCAGGCACCUUCUGGGCCUGGGGGUCAGCCCAAUAUUACCAAAUUGAUUAUUACCAAACAGAUGUUGCCCUCUUCUAUUACUAUGUCUCAAGGAGGGAUGGUUACUGUUAUUCCAGCCACAAUGGUGACCUCCCGGGGGCUCCAACUAGGCCAAACAAGUACCGCUACCAUCCAGCCCAGCCAACAAGCCCAGAUUGUCACUAGAUCAGUGUUGCAGGCAGCUGCUGCUGCUGCUGCUUCUAUGCAACUGCCGCCACCCCGUCUACAGCCCCCUCCAUUACAACAGAUGCCUCAGCCCCCAACUCAGCAGCAAGUUACCAUUCUGCAGCAGCCUCCUCCACUUCAGGCCAUGCAACAGCCUCCGCCUCAAAAAGUCCGAAUCAACUUACAGCAACAGCCACCUCCUCUGCAGAGCAAGAUUGUGCCUCCACCCACUCUGAAAAUACAGACUACCUUGGUCCCUCCAGCUGUAGAAAACAGUCCUGAGCGGCCUAUGAACAGCAGUCCUGAGGCCCAUACAGUGGAAGCAACCUCUCCUGAGACAAUCUGUGAGAUGAUCACAGAUGUAGUUCCUGAGGUUGAGUCUCCUUCUCAAAUGGAUGUUGAAUUGGUGAGUGGGUCUCCUGUGACACUUUCACCACAGCCUCGGUGUGUGAGGUCUGGUUGUGAGAACCCUCCUGUUGUGAGUAAGGACUGGGACAAUGAAUACUGCAGCAGUGAGUGUGUAGUGAAACACUGCAGGGAUGUCUUCUUGGCCUGGGUGGCCUCUAGAAAUCCAAACACUGUGGUGUUUGUGAAAUAGGCUCUCCUGUUCUCCAAGCCACUGGAGAUUCACCUGCUGGAGCCACGUCCAGAGCCUGUUUCUGAAGCACAAGCCUCUGGUAGUGCCUGAUCACAAUCCGAGAUUUUGCUGCAAGCUUCCCGUGUUCCUGCUUUUGGCAGUGGCCAGGCUAUGGGGCGGGCCACUGAGUUUGCUGUAAUCUGGAAUUGCUUUUUACUUUCAGAAGAAAUACCAGGAUUAUAAUAGAGGAAAGAGUAAAGGGAGUAUAGACAAGCAAAUCAUGGGGAUGGUAGGGCUGGUGGUGGAGGUUGAGGAAAUUUGCUGGUAUAAUUUUGAUAGGACUUGCCUAAAAUAUUAUUAAAAUGAUGGGAAAGUACUCAGCUUUGAUCUAGGUGGAAACACCAUUCUGUGCAUCCAUUUUAAAACAGGGUAGGAGGAGUAGGGGGGUAUAGCUCAGUUGUAGGCAGGCCCUGGGUUUAAUCCCCAGUAACAGAGUAAGAUCAAAAGAUUGUAUUAAAGAUUCCCUCUUAAAACAAACAGAACUAUUACUAUCA